AUGGACCACGAAGAAUAUCUGAGACGUGUGCGGUCGUAUAUUAAGACCCCCACUAAGGAAAUUGAAGAGCAGCUGGACAGCUUCUGCCAACUAUGCUCCUACGUCUCGGGCCAAUACGACAAGGAUGAGUCUUUCCAAAACCUCACUAGACACCUUGAGGAUAUCGAGAAGGGUCACAAGGAGCAGAACCGUGUCUUCUACAUGGCUCUCCCCCCCAGCGUCUUUACUACUGUGUCGGAACAAUUAAAGAGAAACUGCUACCCCAAGAACGGUGUCGCUCGUAUAAUCGUCGAGAAGCCAUUCGGUAAAGACCUUCAGAGCUCUCGUGAUCUCCAGAAGGCGCUCGAGCCCAAUUGGAAGGAAGAGGAGAUCUUCCGCAUUGACCACUACCUGGGUAAGGAGAUGGUCAAGAACAUCCUUAUCAUGCGCUUCGGCAACGAAUUCUUCAACGCCACCUGGAACCGUCAUCACAUCGAUAAUGUGCAGAUUACCUUUAAGGAGCCCUUCGGCACUGAGGGUCGUGGAGGCUACUUCGACGAGUUUGGUAUCAUUCGUGACGUUAUGCAGAACCACUUGCUUCAGGUGUUGACUUUGCUCGCUAUGGAGCGCCCCAUCUCAUUUUCUGCCGAGGAUAUUCGUGAUGAGAAGGUAACGGUUUCUUUCAACUAA